AUGGCGGAAAGAACAAUAAGUAUUUUUCAACAACAAACAAAACCUAUAAAAAUAUGUAAAUGGAAAAUACGAACAGGAACACGAAUUUCUAUAGGAUGUCCAAUAUUAAUUUAUGAUUUUGAAGAAGCUAUAAAACCUGAACAACGUAAAUUAAAAUCAACACAAGCUGGAACUGUGCACCAAAUUUUAGUUCGAGAAGAACAAAUUGUAAAACCUGGGGAAGUCCUUUUGGAAUUAAUACCAUGUUCCCAUCCGACAAUAAUGAAUGAUAUGUGCGCCGAAUGUGGAGCAGAUCUUAGAAAAAAUGAUGAUGUUAGUAUAGCUUCAGUCCCUAUGAUCCAUGCUAUCCCAGAUCUAAAAGUCAGUGAGGAAGUGGCACAAAGAAUAGGAAAAGCUGAUAAUGAACGCCUGUUAAAAGAUAGAAAAUUAGUACUAUUAGUAGAUCUGGAUCAAACAUUAAUCCACACCACAAACGACAACAUACCUCCUAAUAUUAAAGAUGUGUAUCAUUUUCAGUUACAUGGAUCCAAUUCCCCUUGGUAUCAUACUAGGUUAAGGCCUGGGACACAUAAGUUUUUACGUAAUAUUCAUGACUAUUAUGAACUUCACAUAUGCACCUUUGGAGCUAGGAAUUAUGCCCAUAUGAUUGCAAUGUUUUUAGAUGCAGAUCAAAAUAUUUUUUCUAAUAGGAUAUUGUCAAGGGAUGAAUGCUUUGAUCCAACUAGUAAAAAGGCUAAUUUAUCGGCACUAUUUCCCUGUGGUGAUAACAUGGUAUGUAUUAUAGAUGAUAGGGAAGAUGUCUGGUCACAUGCUACAAAUUUAAUCCAUGUUAAACCAUAUCAUUUUUUUCAACACACAGGAGAUAUUAAUGCUCCGCCAGGAUUAGAUAAACACGAAAAUGAUAAAUUAGUCAAAGGAAUUGAUUUAACGAAAGUUAGUACUAAAAAGAAUAACACAAAAGUUACCAGUGAAGAAAAUGAUAACGGCUCAAGAGAUGUUGAAACUAAUCCAGAAGAUAAGGAAGAUAAGACAGUAACUGAUAAUGGUAAUUCGGAAGAAGAUAAAAAAUCCAAAGUAGAGGAAAACGCAAAUCAGGAUGAAUUAGAAAACUCCCAAUGCGAAACAGAAAAUCAAGAAACGGUUGAUGGAGAAAAUAAAAAACAAGAAGCAGAUAAACAACCUGUAAACAACAAAGAUGACGAAAAAGAUGUAGAAAAUAAAAACAACGAAAACGUGGCAGACGAAAAUAUGAAUGAAAACUCUGAAAUAACUAAAACAAAACCAGAAGAACCAAAAAAUAAUGAAACAGAAAGCAACAGUGAAAAUAAAAUUUCGGAUAAAGAAAACAAAAAAGAUAAAUCAGAUAAACCUGAAGAAUUGAUCGAUAUAGACGAUCCAGAUGAUUAUCUAAUUUACCUUGAAGAAAUUUUAAAACAUAUUCACCAAGAGUUCUAUAAGCAAUACGACGAGCUUGAAGCUGGAGAAGUACCUGAUCUUAAACAAGUCAUUCCUACAGUGCGAAGCAAUAUUUUAGAAGGUUGUAGGCUAGUUUUUAGUGGUUUGGUACCCACUCAUAUUAAUUUAGAGCAAUCAAAAGCGUAUCUAGUCGCUAGAGGACUUGGAGCUGUUGUUACUCAAGACAUCGAGGAUACCACGACACAUCUAGUGGCUGUAAGGCCAGGUACAGCUAAAGUUAACUCUGGUCGCCGGAAGAAAAAGUUGAAAAUUGUAACGCCAGAUUGGUUAUGGUGUUGUGCAGAAAGGUGGGAACACGUCGACGAGAGAAUAUUUCCUUUAAAUAGCAAAGGUUCAAAAAAUAGGCAUCCGCCCCCGCAUUGCAGUAGUCCCGAACAUAUAACUUCUUACCCUGAACACGGGAUGCCUGAUACCAGAAAGAGAACACCCAGUGGAAAAUUUAUGGAUACAAUUAAUCCCUUAAUGUCAUUUUCAAGUGAUGACAUUGCUGAUAUGGAUAAAGAGAAAAAAGUACAAUUUAGACGUAGAAGGAUAGAAGAAAAUAUUUGUAAAACCAAUAAACGACAUAAGACUAUUUCUGAUACGAAUAACAUAACUGAGGGAAGCUACUCACAAUCUCAAAUGUAUCCACAACAUAUAAACCGAGACUUUCCUGAGACUGGAGUUAGUAAUCAGGCGAAAGUUGAAAAGCAUGUUUAUGAAUUGUCUUCAGACAGGCAGUUAUCAUCUGGUAAACAUGGGGAUGCCCUAGUCAACUGGACUUCCUAUUUAAGAAACGGUGUUGAUGGAAAGACAAUUCAUCACUUGAGGAAAAAAUAUCCGAUCGCAAAAAAAUUAAAAGCUCCGAAAAUGAACAGCCAAGUAAAAGUUUGUCUAAGGAAACAUCAUAUAAAAAAUGACGAUAAGUUGUCUCAGUUACAAAAUAAUUUGGGUAGAAGUUUGACUGCCAUUGGUUCCUUGGUAAACAGAUUAGUAGCAAAUCCAGAAGAAGUUAAAGCAGAACAGAUCAUUUCGAUACUUACAGAUAGUGCUAAAUUACAGUCAUGUGUUCAUCACGGGAUGUCUUUGUUCAGACGUUAUCCAGCUUCUUUUAAAGUUACAGACUCAGCUCGCAAAAUAUUAGCAACGCGUCCGAUUGAUUCAUAUAUUUUUGGAAAGGAUUUAGAAACAUAUAUUGUAACAAAAGAAAGCUCUGAUUUAAAUAAGACAUUAAUAUUGGCAGAAAAUCAUAUUUUAACAGCAGAGCCCCACUCAGCAUAUUCCGAUGAUAAUCAGGUAGAAUGCCCAGAUAAUAAUUUAGUUUUUAAUCUAAACGAAGAAUCUAAAAGAGAAGACUUACAAUAUGAAAAGUCGGACGAGUUCAUGGAAUAG